UGCCAAAGAACAAAGAUACUAUACCCUAAAACCCUAAUUCUGUUUGUCUCUCGCUCAAUACAUCCCCAAUUCUGGCGCCAUCUAUCAAACACAUGGAAGACACCGCCAUGGAGAUUGAAGAAAGCUCACCAAUCCCCAGAAAUUCCCACCGAGUCGCCCUCAAAAACUCCAUCCAGACAAACUUCGGCGACGAUUACGUCUUUCAAAUCGUUAACAAGGAUGAUUGGACAUCGAUGGCGGUUUCGUUAUCGACUAACACUGUGAAGUUAUACUCACCAUCCACAGGUCAAUUUAUUGGGGAAUGUAAUAAGCAUCAUUCUUCUACUAUCAAUCAGAUUAUGUUUUCGGGUGAUAUAUUGCAUUCUUGUAGUUCUGAUGGUACAGUUCGGGCUUGGGAUACUAGGUCAUUUCAAGAGAUAUCGUGUAUAAGUGCUGGACCGUCUGAAGAGGUGUUUUGUUUCUCGUUUGGUGGAGUCGGGGAUAGUCUACUUGCUGCAGGUUGCAAGUCUCAGAUUCUCUUCUGGGAUUGGAGGACUAGAAAACAGGUUGCUUGCUUGCAGGAAUCCCAUAUGGAUGAUGUCACUCAGGUUCAUUUUGUCCCUGAGAAUCAAAACAAGCUUGUUUCUGCUUCUGUUGAUGGAUUGAUGUGUAUUUUUGAUACGAGUGGGCAAAUCAAUGACGAUGAUCAUUUGGAGUCGGUAAUUAAUGUGGGGACCUCAAUCGGGAAAGUGGGAUUUUGCGGAAAAAGGAAUCAAAAGUUGUGGUGUUUGACUCACAUUGAAACACUGAGUGUUUGGGACUGGACAGACUCAAGACUUGAAGCUAACUUUGAGGAUGCUCGUUCUGUGGCCUCAAAUAGCUGGACACCAGAACAUGUUGAUUAUUUUGUAGAUUGUCACUAUUCCUAUGAAGAUGAUAGCCUAUGGGUUAUUGGUGGCACAAAUAAUGGCACAUUGGGGUAUUUCCCUGUGAAAUAUAAUGGAGGGAGGGAAAUUUUGGCUCCUGAAGCUGUUCUUCAUGGUGGUCACACAGGCAUUAUCAGAAGCAUAUUACCCGUGUCUAGCAUCAAAGGUCCAGCCUCCCAAAAUCGAGGCAUAUUUGGCUGGACAGGUGGUGAAGAUGGCCGCUUAUGUUGCUGGUUAUCUGAUGAGGCUUGUGAUACCAAUCGAUCAUGGAUAUCAACCACAUUAGUCAUGAAGACAACAAAAUCAUUGAGAAAAAACAGACGGCAACCUUAUUAACCAACGUCCAAUGAGAUGAGCUUUUCAUGUUGUAUUGUUCUGUUCUGCAAUAGCAGCAGUGUUACUGUUCUUUGCAGGUUAAUAUGUAGUCCAAAGGGGAAGAUGAUCUUAGAGAAGUCAUAUAUUUUUGUUAUAAUAUAAAUAUAUACUGAGGACUUGUUUGUGUAUGGCAAGCCUUUUAUUACCUUUUGUUCUUCCAAUUUAUUUAUUUAAAAGCCACAAGUUUACCCAA